ACCACAAAAUCUAUACUCAAUAGGAAAUCUAUAAACAGCCUGUUUUUAUUCACAAAUUUGUCACACCGCUCCAAUAUUAUAUUAAUAUAGUAACUGAUUUUGGUAAGAAUACAUAUAUUUUUUUUGAAAACUGGUAUUUGAUUUUAAGACUGACUAAUUUGAGGAGAUCAGUUUCAUUGUCACUUGUGGUGACCCCAUUUAAAGCUAGAGUUCUUGCUUUGUAUGGACCAGUCAAACAAAAUUGGUACCAGAACGAAUUGAACCUGAGAGCUUCAUACUCGAAAGACUCAAAGCCAACACCACUACCCAAGAGUUUUGUAAGAAUCGAUAUUAAAAUUCCUUUUGAGUUAAGUCAUCUUUAUAAGUGUGUCUCCGAUCGUAGAGUAGCUAUAUUUUUUUUCUCGAACAUGCCCAGUGCCCACUGUGCUGUGCUGAGCAUGCUUGUCUGCACACUUCAUCCAAAGGAAAAGUAAAAAUAAUUUUAUAAAGUAAAAAAAUCAACCAUUAACCAUUCAAAUAAUCCAAUAAUACUCUCCCUCUCUAUCUACUAUGUCCAUAUCUCUCCACUGUUUUGCUGAAGCAGCUGAAAAAAGCACAUAACAACAAAAUAGGUUCCUCCCAUCCAAAGAGAUCUGUUUUUCCUUUUUCUUCUCUUUCUGGUUUUUUUCACAGCCUUUUAAAAAUCCUUCAACUUUUGUUUCUUUUUGAGAAUUUCCAUUUGAGUCCUUCUCAUAUUUUCCUUCAGUUACUUUUGAUUCUACUAUUCCAUCACUGUCUCACCUAGUUAUUACAGUAUCUUCUAAAUUUCUAUUCAGUCUUUACUUCAACUAUUAUUCAAUUUCUUUUUUUUGUUUCCCAGAAAACAUCCCUUUGAUUUCCUAGGAAUAAAUCCACAAAUUUUGUCAAAAACCCAUGAAUAAAAAGUCACCUUUUAGCUUUAUAUGCAAAACCCAGUAAUAAAAAAGCAUUCUUUACCUUCAUAUUGGUUACAAAGUUAGUAAAGUUUUGAUUUUUAAGUUGUUCUUGAUAUCUAGCUAUCUGGUUAUCUUGGUUUCACAUUCAUGGAGUUGAAGGAAGGUGGAAAAUUUACUAUGUGUUUUGUUGUUCUUAUUUUCUUUGAUACAUCAUUGUUGGAAGUUGGUGGAAUUGGAGUAAAUUGGGGAACACAAUCAACACACCCUUUACCACCAUCUACUGUGGUGAAAAUGCUAAAGGACAAUGGUAUUCAAAAAGUUAAACUUUUUGAUGCUGAUCCUAAUAUUCUUGAUGCUUUGAAGAAAUCUGGGAUUCAGGUUAUGGUUGGUAUACCAAAUGAUUUGCUUUAUACUAUGGCUAAUAGUUUUCAAGCAGCUCAAAAAUGGGUUGCUAAGAAUGUUUCAGCACAUGUUUCAUCUGGUGGAGUAGAUAUCAGGUAUGUCGCUGUGGGAAACGAACCUUUUUUGUCGACUUACAACGGCACCUUCGAAUCCACAACAUUCCCUGCUCUUCAAAAUAUCCAAUCAGCUCUUGUAAAAGCUGGUUUGGGAAAUUCAGUCAAAGUCACUGUCCCUUCGAAUGCCGAUGUGUAUGAGAGCCUAUCAAGUAACCCUUCCGAUGGCGACUUCAGGGCAAACAUCCGUGGUCUCAUGAUUCAGAUUGUCAAGUUCUUGAGUCAGAACAAUGCUCCAUUUACAGUGAACAUUUAUCCUUUUAUCAGUCUUUAUGAAGAUCCCAAUUUUCCUACCGACUUUGCAUUUUUCAACGGUUUUAGUGCGCCUUUAAACGACAACGGAAAGAUCUACGACAAUGUCUUUGAUGCUAACUACGAUACUCUAGUAUCGGCAUUGAACAAGAACGGUUUCGGUAACAUGCCUAUAAUUGUAGGAGAAAUUGGUUGGCCUACAGACGGAGACAGAAACGGAAAUCUUCAACUCGCACAACGUUUUAACCAAGGCUUCAUGACUCGGUUUAUUGCUGGAAAGGGGACUCCAAUGAGACCUGGUCCGCUAGACGCAUACCUGUUUAGUUUAGUAGACGAAGACAACAAAAGCAUUCAGCCUGGUAACUUUGAACGACAUUGGGGAUUGUUUUACUUUGACGGACGACCAAAAUAUCAGCUCAGCAUUGGAUCAAGAAUCACUGGAUUAGUAGGUGCUACCGGAGUAGCACAUCUUCCCAAAAAGUGGUGUAUUUUGAAACCCUCGGCGAACCUGAACAGUGAUCAAGUUGCGCCAAGUGUGUCUUAUGCUUGUCAGAAUGCAGAUUGCACUAGUCUUGGGUAUGGCACUUCGUGCGGCGGUUUAGAUGUUCGCGGUAAUAUCUCAUAUGCGUUUAAUAGCUACUAUCAGGUGAAUGAUCAGGUCGAUGGUGCUUGCAAAUUUCCCGGUCUUUCCACUGUUACUGACAGAGAUCCUUCAACCCCAGAUUGCACAUUCCAAAUCAUGAUCCAGACUGAUUCUGCUGGAAAAAUGGGGUCUCUUAGAAUAAUACAGUUUGUAUUUCUUUUUCUUGUUUUUCUAUAAUCAAACUUUAAUAUAAAGAUUCUGGAUUUUUUAUUUAUUUUGGAUAAAGUAAACUGUGUAUUUUGAUUAUCAUA